CGCUGCCGGGGGCGGCGCCGCGAACAUGGCGAAGACGUACGACUACCUCUUCAAGCUGCUGCUCAUCGGCGACUCGGGCGUGGGCAAGACCUGCGCGCUCUUCCGCUUCUCCGAGGAUGCCUUCAACGCCACCUUCAUCUCCACCAUCGGUAUUGAUUUUAAAAUUAGGACUAUAGAGCUAGAUGGCAAGAGAAUUAAACUACAGAUCUGGGACACGGCUGGGCAGGAACGAUUCCGAACCAUCACGACAGCGUACUACCGGGGAGCGAUGGGCAUUAUGCUAGUCUAUGACAUCACCAACGAAAAAUCUUUUGAAAAUAUUCGGAACUGGGUCAGGAAUAUUGAAGAGCAUGCCUCCCCGGAUGUUGAAAAAAUGAUUCUUGGGAAUAAAUGUGAUGCAAAUGACAAAAGACAAGUCUCUAGAGAGCAAGGGGAGAAGCUUGCUGCAAGUUUUGGAAUUAAAUUUAUGGAGACGAGUGCAAAAGCAAAUAUAAACAUAGAGAAUGCGUUUUUCACUCUUGCAAGAGAUAUCAAAGCAAAAAUGGACAAGAAGUUGGAAGGCAAUAGCCCGCAAGGCAGCAACCAGGGAGUCAAAAUCACACCAGACCAGCAAAAGAAAAGCAGCUUUUUCAGAUGUGUUCUUCUCUGAGGGACACAGCCUUAAUCUGAGUAUCUGCUCAACUGAACUGGACUGUGCCUGUUCUGAGUGAGAUUUCCUCUGUCUGUGGACUUAACAUUUUCAACAUACCUUGUCACUCUGUGACCAUCUGAAUAAGAAAUCGUUUAUUUUAGUAAUUGUCUGACUCUUCAAUUUUGGAGAUGAAACAAGUUUAUUUUUGUCAGAUUGCCACUGGGCAUAUGUAUUGUCUAGCAGAGGGAACACAGAUCAAGUGUGACCUGUAAUAGCACCUUUGCUGACAGGCUUCAAUCUUUUGUUCAUAUCUGUAAUGUAUCCAAAUUAGAAAAAUAAGUUAUGAUCAAAAUAAGAAACUGAAAUGCCAAUAUUAAUAAAAUACUGGUAUGUGUACAUGAUAGAUGUGCAUAUCCAUGUCUACAGAUGCAUAUAGAACAACCACAUCAAAACAUCAAAUAAAUGCACUUACGCAAGCAGUACAGGCCUAUACCUUUUCAGAAGGUAGGAGGAAGCGUUCUACACGUCCAACUUUUUGCUAUUGCAGAGAAAAUCCUUUAUCUGCCUGUUACUUUUUCAGUUACAUUAUUCUAGACAAUCCACAAGUACAAUUGGAAAAAAAAACUCCUCAAAGGAAUCUCUAUUUUUUUUUAAAAAAAAAAACCAAAGUGUGCUGUAAAUAUAACAGAUCCAUAUAAUUGGGAAUUACUUUUUUCAUGUUAGAGAUGACAAUGCCUAAUUAAAUAAUCUACACAUUUAGUCAUGUUUAACGAGAUCUCUACAGUUUAGUCCCAUGCAAGUGAUUUAUAGCCUGUUUUUUUAGAAAAACAGACCAUGGUUGGGAUAUGGACAUUUCCUCAGAAUUCAUAACAUUAGUGGACAGCUCUUCCUUCUCCAGUUGAGAAUAACUCCAGAUCUGUCAUGAUGUAGUGGCUAGUUGUAACUUGUGAGAAGAAAAUGUAUUGCACUGCUUCCAGUUGUGUGUUCUCAUGCACACUUGCUCACAUAUGCAAAUAAAUGUUGCACAUAUGAACACUUUCUGAAAACAAACUUUUUUUAAACUGAGAUUUGCCUUGCUGCCAUGCAUUGAUCAUUUCAGAUUUAAAGCAGCAACAAACCUCUGAGUGUGCAUCACUGCAAAUGAUGUUUAGUCCUCAAUUAAAAUAUUUUGUGUAUUUAUUCUUCUAAACACAGUCUACUACAUUCCAAUGUAUAAAAUGUAACAGCCUUGUAAAGCUCCUAGGUAGCUAGUUGCUCUCAGUUCAGAGGCUGUAAGCCUGACUCUAAUUAGAUUGAUAAAAAGAGCCAGUAAGAGCAAUCUACUUAGAAAUCUGCUGUCAAGUGAUGGGAAUAAUGGUAUAUUUAAUCCAAACGAACAUAUCAGCUGUGUCCUGCAACUCACUGGAAUUGUUAACAUGCUUUGUUUACAUUGACAACUGCACUUAAGGGUAAAAUUAAAGCUCAUUUUAAAGCUAAAGAAUUUACUCACCAGUUUUGUUCUCUUCAAGUUUGUGGUAUUAUUUCUAGCCUCAUUGUAGCACUCAUAAGUGCUACUGUAGUUAAAGAUAUAUCAGAUUCAUCACUGACCUUUAUAAAUCCUCAGCAUGCAAUUGAGUUCAACAGGAAUAGUGUCUGUUUUUCUAAAAUCAAAUACAAAAAGAAAAUUUCACUGUGUAACUUACUGGUUUAUACAAAUGCAUUUUAUAUGCCACCAACUUUUUUUUUUAAUAGCUGGGAGAUUACAAUGAGUUCUGUUCCUGUUCAAAAUCAUAUAUAAAACUUUCCAAAACCUCAUGAUGGUGAGGUUUUGGAUUUUGUUUUGUUUUUCUUGGUGAACAUGAACCACCGUGAAUUACACGUAGAAGUAUUCUUAAGAUAAAACAAUCAUGUUAAGCUACUGAGGAACUUUCUAGUCAGUAUUUGCUUGAAGGUGUAGUUAACACAGCUAUAAAUUGGACAAGCAAUACUACUUUGAGAUAAUGCUUUUUGAAAGACUUUGCAUAUGCUUCAAGCAAUUGUUGGAGUAGAAUUGGGGAGGUAAUUAGGGCAUGGUCUGAAAUAGGCUGUUUUCCUACACGAAAGGGAUAUGUUUGAUUUGUUUCUAGUUUAGCAGUAAAUGUGAAUUGUCUCACAUCUAUCUUUCUUUUACAUUAAUGUAGCUAGAUGUUGCAGUCGGUCAAAUUCUUCCAAAGUGACUGGAAAAUAAAUGGUUAGUCUUAAGUUGAUAUCACAGGCUGCCCACCAUGAUACUGGCUGUUGUUUGACAACAUCUAAAUCAGUCUUUUUUCAGAGAGGAGAGAGAAAGACUAUACUAAUUCACAAGUGGCAAAAAUUUGAAGGAUGGAAUUAUAUUUUUUUUCACUCUUCACUUUCUAAGUUUUAAGUUACUCUUUUGCAUUAAAGGUUAACUCUUUGUCUCUGAAAACCUUCUGUUUAAAUUAUGCUGGCUGUUGCGUAUGUUUGUAAGCCUAACCUAUAGCGUGAUUUCCUUUUAAAAAAUGAACUGAAUGAACAAGAUUGCCCACUCUCAGGAAGUUUCAUGCAAUUACUGUGACCUACUGUCAUCACUGUACUUCUAGGUUCUACAGAUACUACAUACUACAAUUAAAUCAAUGUAAGCAAUAGGAAAACUAAAAUGCAAAUGUAAGACAGGAAUGCCUGGCUAUGUGUCUCUAAAUAUUGACAUCAAAUCUUCAAUAGUACAAUAUGUAGUUGACAUUUCUAUCACAUAAUUAAAUUAUGGUGGUUUUUCAAGUAUGACUGCUAUGAAAACAAUGACCAAAAGAGGUACUGUGCGACUGAAUAAUAGUAAUGUAUUUACAUAUAACCAUUUUUGAACUAAAGAGGGAAACAUCUGAAAUAUAAAAUCUGUAAAACUGAGUAAUUUAAAUAGAUCUGAAAAGCUAACAGUGUGCUUGCUACACAUUCUCAGAGUCUAAAUACCACUAAAAUACUAGCUAAUCAGUUAACAAGUGAUGCUUGGUUUGUAGAGGAACAAACCCAUUUUUGAGCAUGUUCUCAAAUUCCCUUAUUUUAAUGAGCAUCACAAGAUUCUGUGGUUGACCUUAUUUUUGAGGCAUCUUGCAAUAUUCUGGAUAGUCUUCAAACUUCUUGGAGCAGACCUGUCAAUACCAUACCUGUCAAUGAAAGGUGGAACUGUCAUUUUAACACUUCCAUUGUCUAGUUCCUGUGCUGAUAGGCACAUGUAAUGUUUCAUGACAUGAGAGCCUUAUGCCAGCAUCAGACUUUCAGCCUCAGAUUUAUAAAUCCUAUGGAUUAUUGUAAGUCUCCUUACUGCUGCUGAAAAUUAUUUGAUCUCUCCUUACAUGUGGGAUGCUAAUCAUCUUGCUGACAAUUGUUAGGGGGUUUAUUGUGGUAGUGGUGGCGCUGUGUCUUUGGCUGAUGCUCAUGCUCAAAAGCUACCAUGAUUUCUUGUCCUCUUGGACAUGAAAUGGCUGGAGAGGAAAUGGACCAAUGGCUGCUUAGAUGAUAGUUUCCAUUGGUACUGGAAGUCCAUAGCGGAUGGAAAAGAAUGAUGACUAACUUAGGUCUUCAUUUGUAAAUGUAAUGAAAAUCUGUUCAAUUGAACAUUGAUGGUAAUGUGCAGUCUGAUUAUUUCAGGCUGCCUUAUUUUUUGCCCCCUUUCUUUCAUUCAUCAUUGGAGAUUUUGUUUCUGUAGUCAAUAGAGUUUAGCAGGCUAGUCACUCUAGCCUUUCUGCAGGAGUCAUCUGCUCUAAGUAGAGCACAAGUUGGGAGUUAUGAUUUUGUUUCAAAGGGAAAUUAAUGCAUCCCAGUAUUUUAAAAAGCAACUGUAAACUGUGUUUAUAGAAUCAUCACUUUUUGGCUGCCACCCUUUCCACAUUACAGCUGCUUUCUUAAACAUUUCUCAUUGGUUUUCAUGUUUGUAUUAAAAGCAAAAAUGUUGUUUAUUACAGUAUGUAUGUUUUUACUCUGUUGUACAGGACCCUGAGCACUGCAUAAAUAAAUUUCUUAUGAAAAGAGAA